AGGAGAGAGUGCAAGGGUACAGCAGUGUUUUCCUUGAGCUGGGUAAGUGCAGGCGGAACGUUGAUGGCGGCUUUUGGAUUGGUGGGUAACGAUGACGGAGACGACGACCGCAGUAAUGGCAGUAGUGGCCAGAACAAUAACCAUCCAAGUUCUAUAACCUGCAGUGGUUCUAAUAGUAAAGAUUGUUCGACCCCGUCCGACGGCAAGAUGGUGAGAAAGAGAAUGGCUUCUGAGAUGGGAGUGCAUAAUCCUGAGUACCAAAGGAUUUCUCGCCGUAGUUCUUUUCUGUUGCCGGCGUCAUCAAUCGACGGCAACGAGAAAAGUCCAACUCCAAAUUCAUCCUCCAACUACUCCACUAUGAAUAUCAUGAAUAUGGGUUUUAAUCCAUCUUGCACCUUGACGUCAGGAUCUGCUUCUUUAUCUACUAAUUGCAAUAAUACAACCAACUUUACUUGCUUAGAUUCUCUCUCCGACUCUCCUCAGAUCCCUUCCGUUUGUGGCUUCUCCGGUUUGCCUCUUUUCCCUCCUGAAAAAAACCCAAACAGUUCGGCUACAGCCAGUGUUGUCUCCAACACCUCCGCUGCGCCUCUGAUCUCAGUCCCCACCGCCAUGGAAGAUGCAUCUGCAACCGCGUGGAUCGACAGCAUCAUAAAAGACCUUCUGCACAGCUCCACCACCGUCUCUAUUCCCCAGCUCAUCCAGAACGUAAGGGAGAUAAUCUACCCUUGCAACCCCAACCUGGCUGCCCUCUUUGAGUACAGGCUACGCUCUCUAAUCGAUCCUUUGGAUAGGAGAAGGAAGGAGACGUUUCCUCUACAGCCACCUGUGGGUUCGCUGUAUCGGCCGCCGGCCUACGCCCAUCAACAGCAACAGAGCUCUGGUAUUUUCGACAACGUACCCAAUUUCACCCUACCUGAUUCUUCUGCUAUGUUGAAUCAGUACUCCAGCUGGGGAUUAUCCCCGGCAUUUCCUAUCCAUUCUGGAACUGAUGCCAACAAUCAACAAUACCCUCGUCCUCAAAUAAUUACUACAAGCGGUGCUUCUUCAGCUUUGUAUACGCCAGGUUUGUCUUUAAAUCAGGCAGUUCCUCAGCCUGUGCCUGUAGAAAUCCAGCCUCAGACACGAAGACAGGCUCAGGUUCAGCCUCAGGAACAAGAACCGGAACAAGAAAAUUCUUCACCCGCAGAAACAGUCAGCAGCACGCCACCGACAACAUCGAAGCCCACAUCUGCUACAACAGCAACUGUUAAAAUAGACAAAAAAGAAGAGCUGCGCCAACAGAAGCGAGACGAAGAAGGGCUACACCUUUUAACCUUGCUGUUGCAGUGCGCGGAAGCCGUCUCGGCCGAAAACUUGGAGGAAGCAAACAGGAUGCUGCUUGAGAUCUCCGAACUCUCCACACCGUAUGGGACGUCGGCCCAACGGGUGGCGGCAUACUUUUCGGAAGCAAUGUCGGCUAGACUUGUGAGCUCCUGUCUAGGAAUAUACGCGGCGCUACCAUCCAUAUCCAUGCCUCAGACCCAUGCCCACAAGAUGGUGUCCGCCUUCCAGGUGUUCAAUGGAAUCAGUCCCUUCGUCAAGUUCUCGCAUUUUACGGCCAACCAGGCCAUACAGGAGGCGUUCGAGAGGGAGGAGAGGGUUCACAUCAUUGAUUUAGAUAUCAUGCAAGGCCUUCAAUGGCCAGGCCUCUUUCACAUCCUAGCUUCCAGGCCUGGAGGACCUCCCUACGUCCGACUCACAGGGCUGGGAACCUCCAUGGAAGCUCUGGAGGCCACCGGAAAACGCCUCUCGGAUUUCGCUCACAAACUAGGCCUUCCCUUCGAGUUCUGUCCCGUGGCUGAAAAAGUAGGCAACUUAGACCCUGACAGACUCAACAUCAGCAAGACGGAGGCUGUUGCCGUUCACUGGCUCCAGCAUUCGCUUUACGAUGUCACGGGUUCUGAUACCAAUACCCUCUGGUUAUUGCAGAGAUUAGCGCCGAAAGUUGUGACAGUAGUAGAACAAGACCUGAGCCAUGCGGGACCAUUCCUGGGGAGGUUCGUGGAAGCCAUACACUACUACUCAGCGCUGUUCGACUCCCUGGGUGCAAGCUACGGAGAAGAAAGCGAGGAGAGGCACGUGGUGGAGCAGCAGCUGCUGUCUAGAGAGAUAAGGAACGUGCUGGCGGUGGGGGGACCGUCGAGGAGUGGAGAAAUGAAAUUUCAUAACUGGAGAGAGAAGUUGCAGCAGUGUGGGUUCAAGGGAAUAUCACUUGCAGGGAAUGCAGCCACGCAGGCUACCCUACUGUUGGGCAUGUUCCCUUCCGACGGGUACACUUUGGUGGAAGACAAUGGAACCCUGAAACUUGGCUGGAAGGAUCUUUGUUUGCUUACUGCUUCUGCUUGGAGACCCUUUCAUGCUAAUCCCACCCCUCAUAAUUCCCGUAAUUAGUUUUUUUGUUUUCGUUUUUGUUUUUGUUUUUUUUUUCUCUGUUAAUUGCUAAUUAAUCAAAUUAUUAUUACAUUCUCUUUAAAUCACUACUCUCAAUUCUCUUGUUCAAAGUUUUGACACUUCAAAAUUGUUU